AUGGCUUUUUAUCUCAAAAACAUUCCAACUGAGCAACUAUUCUCUCUUGUUUCACUCAUCUUUGUCUUGUUAGCCAUAUAUAUAAAUUCAGUUGAACCACUUUCCUUCAAUUACAACAAACUCACCCUUGGUAAUUCUGGUGUAAUCCUUCAAGGGGAUGCCCAUAUUUUAGAAAGUGGUUACUUGGCACUGACCAACAGUACACCACUUCCUCCAGAUACAUAUUUGCCAACAACAGGCCGGGCCUUAUACCCAACACCUUUGACCCUUUGGAACGAUACUACUGGCCAAGUUGCCAGCUUUAGCACUUCCUUUUCGUUCAUUGUACAAUCCCAAGAAGGAGGUGGUGCAACUGACGGAUUGAUCUUUUUCAUUGCACCACAGAACACUGUGAUUCCCGAAAACUCAGACAGUCUAUAUCUAGGAGUAGUUGAUGGUAAAAAUGCAAUAAAUCAAUUUGUUGGUUUAGAGUUUGACCUUUAUCCCAAUUCUUUUGAUCCCAAUAUGAGACAUAUUGGAAUCGAUGUCAACUCUUUAAUUUCGCUCAAAACUCGUGAAUGGAACUGGGUGAGUGGUUCAUUGACAACAGUAAGUAUAACCUAUAACUCGCCUUCUAACAAAUUGAGUGCUCGUGUCCGUUCUGAGACUGGAGAACUUUCUAGCAUUGAACAAGUUGUUGAUUUGAAAACUGUGCUUCCCAACAUUGUUAGGAUUGGUUUUUCUGCAACUUCAAUAACUGCUGUAGCACACAACAUCCAUGAAUGGGCCGUCCAUGAAUGGUCAUUCGGAUCAGACUUGGGAACAACUACAAGCAAUGUCUCAAACAUAUGA